GAAGACAAACUACGAGGAAACUGUUAAACACUAUGGAAACGUUAAGAUAUUGGAAAGCUCAUCUCGAACUACACUUACUCCCUCGGGUGAUAUAGGCUAUAUUCAUCAACUCAGAGACAUCCAGAACAACUGAGAAAUCUAGAACCAUUCGUACGCAUAGCCCGCCCUCCGCGGUCACCCAAUAAAUGUAUAUCAUGGAGCUUCAACCGCUAACUGAUAACCUGACAGAUAUUGGCGAUGAGAUCUACGCAUCAGCAGCCAACUUAUCAACCAAUUCCUCGAGUUCUUUAUAUUACGGAGAAUCCAGUGACUACUUCUAUGACUUGGUGUGGGAGAUGGUUUACCCGCAAACCUACGAAUGGGUCAUCUUGGGGUUCUUCAUGCUCCUCCUGCUCUUGGCCCUUGGCGGAAACUCGUUAGUGGUCUAUGCCGUCAUGCGGAACGAGCACAUGCGCUCGGUCACCAACUAUUACAUCGUGAACCUGAGCGCUGCGGAUAUCUUGGUGUCCUUGAUCUGCUUCGGACCGACUGCAGUUGGUGAUGUCACGGAAACCUGGUGGCUGGGUGAUACAGCGUGCAAGCUCAUUCCCUACUUUCAGCACGUGACAGAAUGUGUAUCCAUCUACACCCUGACUGCAAUCGCCGCUGACCGAUAUCUAGCCAUUUGUCACCCGCUCAAAUUUCGCAUCCGGGCUUCUCGAACGGUUUUCAUUAUAAUCGCCAUCUGGAUUUGGUCCUUCGUUGCUGUUUUACCACAGGCAAUCUUCAUGGAAUUGGAGUAUAACAUCCACACGCCCUCCAUAAACAAGCCCGUCUGGUUGUCCAAGUGUUACGAGGCUGGCUGGCACAAUUCUUUCUGGCAGAAACUGUACUACGUGAACAUCGUGCUACUGACCUACAUCCUACCAUUGUGUGUAAUUACGGUCGCCUAUUCGAUGGUUUGUAUUCGGCUCUGGUCGGCCAUCCCCGGCGAAGAGACCCGCCGAAAAAAGCCGAACGACUCGAACAACGAAGCCCGUCAUCACAGCAAUGGCAAAUCCAUCUCGACUGGCAAAGGCGCGACGCAAGGAGGCAGCAGCACCAAAUCUGGACAGAUGAAAACGAGCACGGAGACACAGGUCGAGUCGAGACGGAAAGUGGCCCGGAUGCUCAUCGUCGUAGCUCUCAUAUUUUUCACCUGCUACCUGCCAAUUAACGUCCUAAAUACGAUCAGGCACAUGCAAGUCUUUUCAAUGAACCUUAAGUCCGAGCUGGGAGACCGAAGCAAGGUCCACCUCUAUUUCAUCUUCGCCCAUUUUCUAGUCUACAUCAACAGCACCGUCAACCCAGUUAUCUACAACUUUUUAAGUGCUAAAUUUCGGCGCGAGUUUCGAACGGCCUUCGGAACCUGUGCCUGUUGCCCGCAGCCUACGCGAGACUCGACGGCCAUCACGAGCACGGCUAGUCGACGCGCCCAACGUCCGAACCCGACGGGGAGAACGACCAGCACCGAAUACAUGCAGAUGUCGAGGGUGACCACCAGAGCGAACAGACCCCAGUCAAGCUCCUCCGAAUUUUGAUGGACAUUAAUUACGAUGGAUCGGAUUGGAUAACAAUGUGCCCUCCCAUUUUGAAUAUAUGAUUCGGGGAAACCGUGGAAUGUGGUAGUUUAAAGGGAUUGGGUAACUUUGUCUCAGAUUCUGAAACAAAAUCCUGGAUU